AUGGAGUACCCAUCCGCUAACACCUCCCCUCCUCCACCCGCAGACCUUCCCACCCCACCGCAGCAGCAACCGACCAUGUCUUCUCGGAAGCGCAAGGCUUCCGAGGAGCCAGAAAAUGACCGCAUGUCGACCUCGCCUUCCGCCUCGCCCUCCAUAUCAGGUCGACCGCUGGCCUCCUCGAGCACCCACCGCAGCAUCAAGCGCACUCGCACGGCCACGACGAUCGGCAGACCGCUUGCCCUACCUCGGCUGCUCGAGACGCUGUCGGCGGACGAGAUGCGGCAGCUCCUACAGAACGUCUGCGAUCAACAUCCAGAGCUCCAGCAAGAGAUUGUCACACAGGCACCCCGACCGUCCAUCGAGUCCACAUUGGCAGUGCUGCGGAAGUAUGAGGACGCCUUCCGCGGAGCGUUCCCACUCGGCAACCGACCGACAUCUGACUACGCAUACAAUCGCGUACGACAUCACCUUUUGCAGCUCAUAGAUGCCGUGCGAGAAUACACGCCACACUUCCUCCCGCCAUAUGAGACCCAGGAUGCCCUCUCGCUCAACUACCUCGACUCUGUCACCGAUAUGAUCCACCGACUACCAGACUGGGACUCGUACCAGCACCAGCGGUACAAGAAUGAGGCAUACGAUGAGAUUGCCAAGGCAUGGGCAUUGGUGAUCCGGGAGUCGGCCAAGCGAGCGGGAGGAUUUCACUUGCAAUUCGGCGGUUGGGAUCAGAAGUUGGUGGAGCACAACCAGAAGAGCGGAGGGAAGAUGGAAGAAGCUGUGAAUGAGUUGAAGGCAUCGCUGGGCUUCAUGCAAGCGGCUGCGACUGCACAGGCCAACACGAAUGUUUCAGAGGAGCGGGCGAGCAUACGGCAGCAGCUAUUUGCCGGCACAUAUGGACAUCAGCAGUUGGGCGUUGGACCGGGCGGAUGCUGA